AGAUUUUACUUAAUCUAGUUGGUCGUUAGUCGUAAACAUCAAUACCUACCUAUGCAUUAUAUGUGAUUUUUUCGAUCUGCAACAACAAUGCCGUCGGGUGAAUAUAGAAGAUUCUCAUUUCGUAUCCCUAGUGCCCCCAAACGAAGUCUAACUAAACCUGUUCGCGUGUAUCAGCCCACGUAUCAGCUGAACCCAAGAAAGCGAUUCAACGUCGAGAAGGUCCAGAAAAUACUAGCGCAGCUUUUCGACCCCGAGCUUGAGGAGGUCGAGUACAGUGAGAAGGUGGUUCCGGAGCUGUGCGUUACCCUGGCUGAAAGCAUUCGCAAUGCGGUGAAAGAAGAAAAUUAUGACAGGUACCGAAUAAUAGUGAAUGUGACCAUCUCCCAGCGGCGGCAGCAGAGUCUCGUAGCCUCCCACUCGUUCCUAUGGGACUCGGAGCGGGACAACUUCGUGGCCCGCGAGUUCCACAACCCACACAUUCACGCCUACGCGGUCGUCUAUGGGAUAUACUUUGACUAACCUUACCUAAGAUAGAGCACUUGUGUUCUACACUGUACACACAUUUGAUAGUAACGUGCAAUUUAUUAAAAAAAUAAGUGCUCUAAAAAUACUUUUUCUCGCUAGGUGGCAUUCACACCAAAUUCUUCCAUAAGUAAUUUAGUAGGUAGUUGCUUAGUAGUAAAGCUACAAAGUACCUACAUCCUACAUAUAAUAUAUGUGUACAAGUCUGGUACAUCAAUAAUGGCUUUGUGAUUACUAUUUUGUUGUUAUUUUUAUGUAAGUGCCAUCAACAAAAUAAAUGAU